GAGGGAGACGUCGACUCUCAGCUGAGCAGCCGUAGUUUUGUGUGGCUGCCAGUGUGAGGAUUUUUGGAUCCAUUGCGUCACAGGGCGGCCUCACAUCUUUGGGCCGUGAAACAAUAAAUUCCACUGCUGCUGGACUGCAUCAGGAGUCAGCUGACAGGGGAGGUGGGGGGAUAGAGAGGAAACAGUAAGAGAGAUGAGAAGGUAGGAGAGGAGGGUCCAUGACGCUUUUGAAGCCGCAGGAAGGGGGCUGGGUUUUGCUGACAAUGCUUCUUGCCAGUAGGGGCUUUCGUAAUGCUUUGACCUGUGGACUUUGUGCUUAGAGUGCCGUGUGAGGCCAGCAUUUAACGCUGGCCGGUGACUUUGUCUGGAGCAGGUCCUCAGCAGACGGGCUGACAUGCAGACUGUACCGGAGGAGUGGAGGGAAGAACGGGAUGAGAGAGGAGGAGAUGGGAGGAUGGGGGAGAUGUUGGUCAAGAGGAAAGGGAAUUCAGAGUACAGUGAAGAGGUGAAGGGAGAGUGGGAGAAGAAUGGCGGGACAGGUGGUGAAGAGGUGGAGAAAGAGUCACUGAUGAUGGAGCUGACGAGGCUGGUGCAGAAGAUGGUGAAAGAGAGCAGCUGGUGGGAGAGGAGGGGAAUCGAUUGCAGCAUCCUGGCAGCAGCAUUCCUCUGUUUGCCACCUGCCUUCCUGCUGCUCAGCUCCUCUCAGAUCCUGUGGUUUUCAGCGGGCAUGCUGCUGAUGGGUGUGGCUCACGGUGUCAUCACCAUCAAAGGGACGCAUCUGGCCAGCCACGGGGCGCUGAGCGAGUCGCAGGCCUGGGCAAAGUUCUGGGCCGUCUUCUUCAUCGAGAUUUGUGGCUCAUUCUCAGCGCGAGCCGGCAUUCAGGGCCACAUUAAGAUGCAUCAUGCUCAUACUAAUGUCAUUGGACUCGGGGACUCCAGCGUAUGGAAGGUCCCCUUCCUGCCUCGCACUGUCUACCUGUUCAUAGCUCCCCUGGCCGUGCCUAUCAUCACUCCACUUGUUGCACUCGCUCACCUCAAAGGAGACUCUUUGGCUCACGUCUUUAGGACCAUCCUGAUGGUAACCCUGGGCCUGUAUUCACAGUACUGGCUGCUGAUCCACGUCUCCGGGUUCCUGUCACCUCACAGCGCUUUGCUCUGUAUGUUUGCAUGUCGAGCAAUGUUCAGUGUGCCGUAUAUCCAUGUCAACAUUUUCCAGCACAUUGGCCUCCACAUGUUCUCUCCGACCCGUCGACCAAAGAGGAUCUACCAGAUGACCCACGGAGUCCUGAACCUGCCGCGUAAUCCAGUGCUGGACUGGAUUUUUGGACACUCGCUCAUCAAUUGCCACGUGGAGCACCAUCUCUUCCCCUUCCUGUCUGAUAACAUGUGUUUAAAGGUGAAGCCUGUUGUGUCCAAGUAUCUGACUGAAAAGCAGCUUCCAUACCAGGAGGACAGCUACCUCUCCCGCCUGAACCUUUUCUUCCACAAAUACCAGGAACUGAUGGUGUUUGCCCCGCCGAUCACAGAGCUGGUGGGAGUGCAGUGAUGAAGAGGCAGCGAAGGAGAAAAACUGUUCAGACUAAUGACUGCUACUGCUCAAAAGCACAAGCUUCGAUGUUUCAAAGUGCAUUUCUACUGGUUUGAAUCAUCUCUAACAAACAGAAUAGGCUUUUAAUCAAUAAUAGAUCUACACAUUAAAGAUGAUUGUAUUUUAAUUUGAUAUUAGGAGCUAAAUUAACAUGAAAUCCUCAUAAAUGAUUAGAUUAAGGAGUAUCCUACACUUGUAGAGGUAAUUGAAUACACAGCACAAAGAUAAGCGCUCAACCAAAAGAUGACUUGAUUUGGUUUAAUUGUUGCUGCAUUGAAAGUCACUGUGGGAGAUUUGAACUGACCUUGGGCCUGUCUCAUGAAGCAAAUUCAACUUAGUGAGGCUCUCUUUGAGAUGUCUGCUAGACCUGGAUAACUGGUUUUACAAAGAAUGUAAACAACCGCCUCCUAUAACUCUGGAUGUAACAGUGACAACAGAGGAUCAUAUUCUGGAGAUAUGAAAAAAUUGUUGAUGCCCACUGGGAAGCGGCCCACUGCAGCGGUGGAAAAGAAAGAUUCAUGAAGUUAGUUACAGAAGCUAGGCACAACAUAACAGCAAUAGAAAAAUAAUGCAGUAACCAAAAUGCAGUAACAGAAUGUGUUAUAAAUAACUGUAAAUGUACAGUCUUUUAUGGGCUUUAACACACUUUUUUUUGUACAUUAAGUAUGAUUUAUUGGCAGUUUUCAUAAUGCAGUUUUACAGCUACAAAUCAAAUAAAUCAAAGUUGUGUGCCUGAAAACUGUAGGUCACAGGUAGCCAACAGGUAUAUAUAUAUAUGUGUAUGUGACAGUAAAAUGCCUUUACCUUUAACUUAACUGAAAAACACUGAACGGACAGGUUACUACGGCUGCAGCUGGCUAACCAGCUGAUCCUGCAUUGAGACAGGCCUGUUUUCAUAGUGACAGACGGUGGCGCUGUAGUCAAUAGACAUGUUUAAUUCACAGUGUCCUCAUCUCAAAGGCACUUCAUUGACUGCACUGUAGCUCCAGUACAGAGGGACAUAGAGGUGCUUCUGUGUGUCUGUCUUGUCUGAUAAUAAAUUUGAACAUUUAA